AUGUCCUCCUUGUUGCCCCGUCAUCUUCGCCAGAGACGAACGUCGCUACAGUUUUCCUCCACCAAGACGGCAGUGUCCUUACCAAACGACACUAUCUUUGACAUCCUCUCCAGGAUCCCGGUGAAGUCCCUUUGCCGGUUCCGAUGUGUGUCCAAAGAGUGGUACGCCUUGAUAGCUGACCCCGGCUUCCAUGCAACGCACAAGUCUCGGGUCGAGCCGCUCCUCAUUGUUGGCUCCCGUCGGUACAAUUCCCUGCUACUAAUUGAUAUGGAGGGUAGUGUGGUGAAAGUGAUCAACGGCGUGGGUUCUGUUUGGAAGCUUAUAUGCGGAAGCCGUGAUAACCUCACAUGCGUGAUUACCCGUAUUGAAGAUGUUAAGGUGAUCGACCUUGCAAAUGGAUCAGAGGUGCUUGUGACCACCUGGAAAGAUGGCCUUUGGGGUUUCGGAUGCAGUAUUCCAUCUAGUGUGUACAAGCUGGUCUACAUCAAAGGCGACACAUGUGAGAUCCUCACACUAGGAGAUAGUGUGGGGUGGAGACAAAUGCAGUUGCCUCCAACCAGCAAUGUUUCCUAUUCUAGCAACCCGGUCGUGGUAAAUGGCAUGAUGCAUUUGAUGCUAAAAUCAUACUCAGAUGGAAACAAUGUACUCUGCUUUAAUCUUGAGACUGAGGAGUGGAAGAAGGGGAUCAAAGGUCCACCAAAUGUAGACCUUAGGCGUUGUGACCUAGCGUUGAGCGAGAUCAACGGCUCCUUGUGUAUGGUUCAACCGGUGCUUCAGGGCAUCGAUGGAUUAACAAACAUAUGGCUCCUCACUGAUCCUGACAAGAGCACAUGGGUUAAGAGAUACACGGCCAUGAUCUUCGGCGACGUCUUCGUCGGCGAAGGCGGCGUCGGGACAGGGACGCGGGAUCAGUGGGUACAAACGCAGGAUGGGCUGGAUAUCGAUGACGAACGACUGUUCUCCACCCAGCCCAUGCAUGCAACAACUGUCUGCGUCUAUGCCGAUGAGGAGGCGCCAACAGGGCCUAUCCUGGCCAGGGAUGGUGAUGGCAAGAAGAAGGGGAGAGCCAUAGGACCAGCGGCUUCAACGACGAUGAGGACAAAUAUUUGUGCGAUGCGUGGCUAG